AUGCGGCUCGGUAAUGGAGAUAGUGUAGCUUGUGCUACUAGUUUAUUGAAAAAGGAUGUCCGCAUCUGGUGGGAUGUUAUUAAACAAACACGGGAUGUGGCUGCAAUGACCUGGGCUGACUUUGUACAAGUUUUUAACAAAAAAUACUACAGUGAAGCAAUACGCUCAGCUAGAGUUAAUGAGUUCACGAACCUGAGGCAGGGUAAGUCUACAGUUACAGAGUAUGCUCGCCAAUUUGACAGAUUAGCAAAGUUUUCCACAGAUCUAGUUCCCACUGAGUUUUUGAGGAUUCAUCGUUUUACUGAAGGGCUCGACUCCCGAAUAAGUCGGGACAUAGCAAUGUCAGGAGUAAGGGCAACCACGUAUGCUGAGGUACUAGAGAAAGCCCUAGAAGCUGAGUUGUGUGAAAGUCGUAUACAGAAAGACAAUACAGCAAGGUGGGAGGCCAGAAAGGCCAGAAAUGGAGGUGGUGAUAACAAAAGGAAACUGCCAAGUAACCAACACAACGAAGCCGACAAGAGAAACAAGAUAGGGUCCAAUAACUACAAAGGGAAGAAGCCAUAUGUGGAGUACCCCCUAUGCCCAACAUGUGGUCGUAAGCAUCCGGGAGAAUGUCGACUGAAAGGCAAGACUUGUUACAAGUGUGGGCAACCAGGCCACUAUAAGAAGGACUGUCCACAAAAGGGUGAUCAACUCAAGGAUGAAAAACUUGUCCCAGCUCGAGUAUUUGCACUAACCAGAGGGGAGGCUGAGACUAGUAACACUGUGGUUGCAGGUCAGAUUUCUAUCUCUGGAAAACUAUGUACUGUUUUAUUUGAUUCUGGAGCUACGCACUCAUUUAUUGCUUUAAAGAUGAUAGAUAAGUUAGAACUACCGUAUGUAAACUUUAGUUAUAAGUUCAUGACGGAGUUGCCCUCGGGCGAGGUUAUGAUAUCAUCUAGAGGAGUGCGGGAUGCGCCAAUAAGGAUUGCAGACAAGGAACUUAGUGGAGAUCUGAUAGAGCUGGAGAUGAGGGAUUACGAUCUUAUCUUGGGUAUGGAUUGGCUAUCACGACAUGGAGCAACAAUAGACUGCCGAAAGAGGACAGUGACUUUCACCCCGAAUACGGAGAGGCAUUCAUAUUUGAAGGAAUCACAGUCAAGUCAAGCUUACCGCUAG